AAGGCUCUGCUGAGAGACCCAGGAGCCUGAGCUCUCAUUCAAACCUCAACCACAACAAGCAGGACUUCAGGAAACACCAACCGGUAGAUAUGAAGACCAGCCUUGCAGUGUUGAUCUUAUGCAUCGUCCCACUACUCACCACCAGCUUCCCCUUUGAGCGAAAAGGGGGUUCUUCCACAUCUGGAGGUGGUAAGGAAAAGCGCGUCCAGUAUGCCGCAUGGGACGACGUCAAUGUUCUCGCGCAUGGUCUCCUCCAGCUGGGACAGGGUCUGAAGGAGCACGUGGACAAGACCAAAGUCCAGAUCCGUGACAUCUCCACCAAACUCAAGAUCUUCAACCGCACCGUGACCGAGUUCGGCAAGGAGAGCCAGAAGUUGCAGCAGGAGGGAGAGGCGCUGAAAGCCAGAGCCAGAGGGUUGGAGGACAGAGAAGGGAGGCUGCUGAACGUGACCGUUGAGUUGCGAGAUAGGGCCGAGGAGAUGCAGCUGGACAGGAGGACGUUGGUGGAGAGGGUCAGCAGACUGGAGGAGAAGGUGGAGGGGCUGGUGCAGACGGAGAGAAAUGGGACAGAUGCACGCCACAUCCAGUUGAUGCUAGAGGCUCAGAACAAACGUAUUGAUGAUUUGAUGGAGCGGAUAAGACUUCAACAGGAAAAGCUUGACAAGCAAAACGUGCGCAUCAGAACGCUGCAGAGCCAGAUACAACAGUCCAGACAGAGAGGUGAUGUCCCGCGGAGCCCGAGCCCAGACGCGGUGGUGGAGCAGCGGGAUUCUCCGGCAGCCGAUACUGCUUCAGAUUGUCAUGAGCUGUUCUUAAGAGGAGAGACCACCAGUGGAGUCUACACCGUUCAGCCGUUCAACUCCGAGCCCUUCCAGGUGUACUGCGAAAUGACUCCAGCUGGCGGUUGGACAGUGAUCCAGAGACGUCAGGACGGUUCUGUGGAUUUCCAUCAGCCCUGGGAGGCCUACGAGCGCGGAUUUGGCAACCUCAACGGUGAAUUCUGGUUGGGCUUGGAGAAAAUGCACUCAAUUUCCAAAGACGGUGGCUACGUUUUGAACAUUGCCAUGUCCGACUGGAACGGCGACCUCGCUAGCGUGCGCCUCCCCUUCACUCUCGGUGGACCCAGCUCCAAAUACGCCCUGUAUGUCAAGAAAGAGGGUCCCUUCAGCCCCCUGGAGAGCUCCCUGGGCCCCGACGCCAACGCCCUCCCUUUCUCCACCUUCGACCAGGACAACGACCUGAAGAGUGACGCCAACUGCGCCAUGAACCUCUCCGGAGGUUGGUGGUUCAGCAGUUGUGGCCAGUCUAACCUGAACGGACGCUAUUUCCAGAGUCCACCCCCCAAACAGCGGCACCAGAGAAAACAGGGAAUUUUCUGGAAAACCUGGCGCGGACGCUACUACCCUCUCCGAUCGACCUCCAUCAUGAUGGCGCCCGCCGAGAUACAAGAGAACCGGAGUCGUGAAUCAUGAACAGAAUGGACUAAAUGACUAAAUCUGGUUGGGGCUGGUUUGUUGGGACUUCGAAAGCACUGAAACGCGAGUCUUAAGGGGCCACGUGUGAAGCAGCUGGAACAAGAUCAAACCUGCUCACUCCGCUUCCAGCCGAGACAAGUCAAGUCCCGUCUCUGCACAGAAUGAUGGGAGAUAAUGUUUCAUCAGAUUUUGAAUUUUAAAUGCAAUUGAAUUUGUCAUAGUGACUCAAAUUUAGAAUGUUGUUUUUUCAGUGUUCAAUAAUUUCAUUCUGAAUUUCAGUGGAUUUUUUAUUUUUAUUUUUUUCCUGUUAAAAAUAUCAUCAAUCAAUCAUCAAUAUCAUUUCAUUAUACAUUUAAGUUACUGGACUUUUCAGCAUGUUUAAAAUAAUAAUAAUAAUAAUAAUAAUCAUAAUAAAAAUAAUACUAUAAAAAAAAAAUCACCUUUUAAAUAUUCAGCCUAAAUAUUUUUAGUCCUUAAAUUCAAGAGUGUAAAAUUUGCACUGAAAAAGAUCCAAGAUGCAGCAAAGAUCAGUAUGUGCAGAAUAUAUUAAAGGUGAUUUUUUUUUAGUAUGAAUUUUUAAACAUUGAAAUGAAUAGUCAAAUAAUACAAAAAUUUUCAAAGUGAGAAAUUCAACAGCAUUUACAUUUCAAAAUCUGCCUGAACAAAUUCUCUUUCGGACAGAAUGGUGUUGAAUUUUCCGCACAAUAAGCUCUGAAUAUACAAGAGCUGCUCGAACUCUUUUGUAUGUAGCAUUAAGUGAAUGUGACCAAAUGGACCUGUACAAACGCAAACGACUGAAAAUACAGCCUUUUUUUUUUUUCGAUCUGUAACUUCAAAUCGAACUUUCUUCGCUGCCUCUAAGCUCCAGUGGAGAUUUGAUGUUUCUGAGUCAUAUUGACUGUAACGAUGCCAGGCGUUGUUUUACAUGAUGAUGUUAUGAAUGUGCUCUGACUGUUCAUUUGAGAGUUUUAUUGUUGUAGAAAUGUUACUUUUACUUAUUUAAAUCAGUUUAUAUAUUUGUGGUGCUGUCUACUUGUAAUUUAUACUGUCCGUGUUGUGAUGAUGUAAGAUGUUUUUUUAUAAAGAGAUUAUAACCAUUUUGGCCUCGAUGUGCCAAUAAAAUUGAUUGAAACUA